AUGGGUAUUCAUGAAGUUGAUGCUUACACGACCAUGUCACCCCAACUUACAGCACUUCAGAAGCAAUUAGGAGUUUUGGAAGGGGUUGAACAGAAAAGGAAGGAUGAGAACCCACCAAGUAAAGCGAAGGAAGAAUUCGAUGAAGAAUUCAAGGAAGAAGUCAUGGUUGAAAAGAAGCCAACGAGUCCUAGAGAAGAAGAAUCGAGGAGGGAAGAGAGGCCAAACCAAAAGAAAGAAAAAUUGCCAUUUCCUGAGAUACCACCGGAGUUGGCACAUCAUACUCCUCUUGUUCCUUUUCUUCAGAGGCUUAGAAAGAAAAAUCAGCAUAAGCAGUUCACGAAAUUCCUUAAGAUGCCGAGCUACGCAAAAUUGAUCAAGGAAAUUAUGUCAAACAAAAGGAAGUUGGAAGAGGAGGAAACAAUGAUGCUUACAGAGGAAUGCAGUGCCAUUCUACAUAAGAAGCUACCAUCAAAACUCAAGGAUCUAGGGAGGAUUGGUGAAGUGAACCCAACAACAAUAUCUUUGCAACUUGCAGAUAGAUCCAUCAAGCAUCUGAGGAGCAUAGUUGAAGAUGUACUGGUUAAGGUGGACAAAGUCAUCUUUCCUGUAGAUUUUGUCAUAUUGGAUAUGGAAGAGGACAAGGAAAUGCCUCUCAUCCUGGGGCGACCAUUUCUUGCCACCGGAAGAGCCUUAAUUGAUGUACUAGAAGGGAAAUUGCUUUUAAGGGUCCAAGAUGAAAAAGUGACAUUCAAUGUCUUUGAGCUAUUUGUGUUAAUUUAG